GGGACGGGACGGGAGCGGAGCCGGGUGGGGAUCCGGAGCGCGCCGGGUGCCGGGCUCGUGCCGGGCCAGCGGCGAGGGGGUAGGGGCCGCGAUGACUCUGAACCGCGGGGACAAGUUGCGCUGCCUGGACAAGCGGCGCGGGAGCACUCCGUUCGCCGGCCAGCACCACCUGCACCGCCGCAGCAUGCCGGUGGACGAGCGGGAUCUGCAGGCGGCGCUGCCCGCGGGCGCCCUGGGCGAGCUGUCGACCGGCCGGGGGCCCCGGGACGGCUGGGCCACCGACUCCUCCGAUUCCCUGGCCUCCUCCGGCAGCGACUCGGACAGCCGCCUGUACAAGGUCAUCCUGCUGGGCGAGCACGGCGUGGGCAAGACCAGCCUUGCGCGCAUCUUCGGCGGGGUCGAGGACUGCCCCGACGCCGACGUCGCGGGGAACACUUACGACCGGUCGAUCAUGGUAGAUGGGGAAGAAGCCUCUCUUGUGGUGUUUGACAUUUGGGAGCAGGAUGAGGGUCAGUGGCUUCCCAGCCACUGCAUGAAGAUGGGAGAUGCCUACGUCAUUGUAUACUCGGUCACUGACAAAGUCAGCUUCGAGAAGGCCUCAGAGCUGAGGAUCCAGCUGAGGAGGGCACGGCAGACGGAAGACAUUCCUAUCAUCCUGGUGGGCAACAAGAGUGACCUCGUCAGGUCCCGAGAGGUUUCCGUGGACGAGGGCCGGGCCUGCGCCGUGGUGUUUGACUGCAAGUUUAUCGAGACCUCGGCGGCCCUCCACCACAACGUGCAGGAUCUGUUCGAGGGCAUCGUUCGGCAGAUCCGGCUCCGCAAAGACAGCAAAGAGGACAAUGCCCGGAGGAUGGCCAACACGAAGCGGAGGGAAAGCAUUGGCAAGAGGGCUAAGCGUUUCCUAGGGAGGAUUGUGGCCAAGAACAAUAAGAAAAUGGCCUUCAAGGCAAAGUCCAAGUCUUGUCAUGACUUGUCUGUGCUCUAGGGUCCUGGGACGGGCCAGAGGAUGCCCGGGGUGCUUGGGAAACAGCCCUGGACUGAUUGGGACAGGAAAUCUGGACAGGCCCCGACAGUGGCCACCGACAAGUCACGGUGACAGACAUCCGGCCGCCAUCUGGCCUGAUCUGGCCUGAUCUGGCCUGGCCCGGCCUGAUCUGGCCUGAUCUGGCCUGGCCCAGCCUGGUCCGGCCCGGCCUGGCCCGGUCCGGUCUCCCCUCCAUGCCACAAGGCUCCCAAGCAGCUGCCACAGGAAGAGUCUACUGCUGAGGCCUGCAGCUGGGGGCGGGCAGUAGGCAGAACCCACUUCGGCUCCAGGCAGGCCCCUGGGUUGCCACUGUGUUCGAUUGGUUGUUUUUCGUCUUGUCCCGGGGAUGCAGGUGGUGCCAAGGGAGCGGAGAGAACGGUGCUGGAUCCGGUGGCGGUGGCGAUGGUGGCCACCACCACCUCCAGCAGCCUUCUUGGCAGGCCCAUACAUUUUACCAGUAAAUAAACACGACGAAGACAUUUUAAAGACACCUUUGGGGUAGUUCAUCCACAUCCAGAUUGGGGCUAGAUAAUCAAAAUAUAUGCAUAUAUCUAUGUAUGUAUGUAUAUAUAUAUAUAUAUAUUGGAGUUUCAUAUGUUUUAUGAAGUAAAUUCAUUUGCACUUCCAUCAACUGUUAUCCAAUUUGUUACUUGUUUACAUGCAGAUUUUAUAAUAAAGUAUUAUUUCCUGUUCUAA